AUGCCCGCGAAAAUGAACUACCGCGUGAUUGAACCUCACCCGUCCGUUCCUCACACCAGCCGUCCAGCCCUACAUACAGCUCGCGGAGGCGCUGGCAACGUCAUCAGCCUGAAGAACACCAAGACUACCGAUUCGCAAACAGCCACCGGCCCCGCCUCCCUGACGCGCCUGGAUUCAAAUGUCCCGAGUACCUUCAAGUCAGGCCGCGGCGGUGCAGGGAAUGUCCGCAGCAGCAGUGAACGGGCGAUCUUCAGCUUCGAUGAGGAACUGGAACGGGAAUUGCGCCGUGCCGCUCCUGUCUACCACGUCGGCCGAGGAGGUGCAGGCAACAUGAUCUACGGUGAUAGCUGCAGUAGUGGCAGCAGCAUCCUGACUCGCAAGUUUUCCUCGAGCAGCACGGCAUCAGCCAGCAGCACCGGCUCUACUCGAGAGAAGGCCCUUCGUGGCCUGGAGAAGGGUUGGGGAAAGAUCAGGGGUAUGGCUUAA